AUGGUUGGCAAAGUGUCCUCUCUGGACAAGCUCUUUGGUCCCAAGCCGCUGUCACCUCUCAUCCUCGAUCAUGAAUAUGCCGGUUCUGGAACCAUUGAAAGCCCAUAUCUGGUCAAUUGGUUAGUUGACGAUGAGGAAAAUCCUAUGAACCGUGGACAGGUCUCAAAAUGGUCUCUCAACCUCCUUUGUGCACUCUCUGCCUUCAUAAUCGCACUAGCGUCAUCUGCCUACUCCGGCGGGCUGGUGGAAGUUAUAUCAGCCUUUGCCAUAUCGAAAGAGGUUGCUCUGCUAGGAGUGUCCUUGUACGUGAUCGGCUUCGCCAUCGGCCCCCUUUUAUGGGCACCGCUUAGUGAGAACUACGGACGUCGACCCGUCUUCGUUAUAAGCGGUGCCCUGCUCAGCAUCAUUCUUGCCGGCACCGCUGGAGCACACAAUAUUGAGACUCUUCUUGUUCUCCGGUUCCUGGCUGGCACUCUGGGGUCAGCACCCUUGAUCAUAGCAGCAGGGGUGAUUGCCGACGUCUUCCCUCCCCUUCAACGUGGCUUGGCACUUGGAAUCUAUGUUGUUGCUCCUUUCCUGGGGCCAUCGGUUGGCCCCAUUGUCGGCGGUUUCAUAGUAGAAGCCGGAGGAUGGCGCUGGGUGCAGGGAUUCCUCGCCUUACUUGCAGCCGCACAGUGGCUGUUAACACUGGCACUUCUCCCUGAGACAUACGGCCCUGUUCUAUUGAGACGGCGCGCUGAAGCCCUUUCCAAGGUCAACGGCCAUACAUAUCGCAGCGCGCUCGAUAUCAACAAAAUUUCUAUCAAACUGACGGUGGCUCUUGCUCGACCUUGGGUUCUCCUCUUCCGUGAGCCUAUCGUCCUGCUGAUCACAAUGUACAUGUCUAUCAUCUAUGGGACCUUGUAUAUGCUUUUUGCCGCCUAUCCUAUUGUGUUCCAGCUGACGCGUGGCUGGGGCGAGGGCAUUGGCGGGUUAAGUUUCCUCGGUGUCAUGGUAGGAAUCCUGGCUUCUGUACCUCACAUGUUCUUUGGGCAUGUUCGAUACAGCAAGUUGGUUUCCAAAGCUACGAGCCGUCUGCCCCCCGAGGCACGUCUUCCUGAUUGCUUCCUGGCUUGUAUUGCCCUUCCCAUUGGUCUAUUUUGGUUUGCUUGGACCAAUUCACCGAGUGUGCAUUGGAUUGUCCCUAUCCUUUCAGGCGUGCCAUUUGGGUAUGGCUGCACCAUGCUUUUCCUUCCUUGCUUGAACUACUUGGUCGACUCGUACACUAUCUAUGCUGCCUCGGUGCUUGCUGCAAAUUCUGCCAUGCGUUCAAUCUUUGGUGCGGCAUUUCCACUCUUCACUGGCAAAAUGUACGAGAAUUUGGGACUUCAUUGGGCAGCAUCUGUUCCCGCUUUCCUCGCGUUGGCUUGUGUUCCCAUUCCAUAUUUGUUUUACGUUUACGGUGCUAGAAUCCGCCGAAAGUGUCAUUAUGCUGCCGAGGCAGAUGAUUUCAUGAACCGGAUGUUGGGAAUAACCUCAAGUCCGCCCUCUGGAGACACCGAAAAUGUCUCUAGCGACGUGGAAAAAUGA